AUGGGUUUCCGCGGUAACAGGGUCCUCCCCAACAACCAUUUCCGCAAGGACUGGCAGACUCGCGUCAAGACUUGGUUCGACCAGCCCGGACGCAAGCUCCGUCGCCGUCAGGCCCGUGUCACCAAGGCUGCUGCCGUCGCUCCUCGCCCCACCGAGGCUCUCCGCCCUGCCGUCCGUUGCCAGACUGUCAAGUACAACAUGAAGCUCCGUGCUGGUCGUGGUUUCACCCUUGAGGAGUUGAAGGUCAGUAAGAUUCGGUUUCGACCAUUUGUGCGGGAAGAAGUGGUUUUGCAGGAAUUGGCUGCUGGUAUCCCCCGCAAGCUCGCUUCCACCAUCGGUAUCUCCGUCGACCACCGUCGCCGCAACAAGUCCCAGGAGUCCCUUGACCUCAACGUUCAGCGUCUCAAGGCCUACCAGGCUAAGUUGAUCGUCUUCCCCCGCAAGGCCGGUAAGCCCAAGAACGGUGACUCCGCCGACCUCUCUGGUGCCGAGCAGGUUAAGGGUGCUGUUCUCCCCAUUGAGCAGCCCUCCAAGGAGGUUCAGACCCGUGCCAUCACUGAGGAGGAGAAGGGCUUCAAGGCAUACCAGACUCUCCGUUUGGCUCGCUCUGACGCCAGGUUGAAGGGUAAGAGGGAGGCUAGGGCCAAGGCCGCUGCUGAGGCCGAGGCUGAGAAGAAGAAGUAAACGCAUCCUAAAUAAAUGUGUUGUUUCUUUGGUUUGG